AUGGAAGAAAAGACAUCCGGGAGCUUCUACGGUGGAUCUCUUAUUGUGCCUAGUGUUCAAGAAUUAGCCAAGAAGCCUAUAACCGCCAUCCCACCCAGAUACAUACAGCCUCAUCAUCCUGAACAACAAGACCAUGUCAUGUUCAAUCCUGAUCAUGAUCAUGCUGAAAUGCCAUUCAUUGACAUGCAGAAGCUGCUUUCUCAAGAAUCCACUGAUUCUGAAUCUGAGUUAGCUCGGCUCCAUUUUGCUUGCAAAGAGUGGGGUUUCUUUCAGUUGGUAAACCAUGGUGUGAGCUCUUCCUUGGUGGACAAAGUAAAGACAGAAAGUCAAGACUUCUUCAACCUAGCCAUGGAGGAUAAGAAAAAGCUUUGGCAAACCCCAGGAGAUGUGGAAGGUUUUGGACAAGCCUUUGUAGUUUCAGAAGACCAAAAACUAGAUUGGGCUGACAUUUUCUUCAUGACCACCCUUCCAGUCGAAAUGAGGCGGCCUCACCUAUUCCCAAACGUCCCUUCUCCUUUUAGAGAGACCUUAGAAGUUUACUCACUGGAACUGAAGAACCUAGCCAUGACUAUCCUAUCACAAAUGGAAACUGCUUUGCAAAUGGAAGCCAAGGAAGUGACCAAGUUAUUUGAAGAUGGAAUGCAAUCAAUGAGGAUGAACUAUUACCCUCCAUGCCCUCUUCCGGCAGAAGUCAUCGGUCUUACACCUCAUUCUGAUUCUGUAGGUCUCACCAUCCUCCUACAAGUGAAUGAAAUGGAUGGUCUCCAAGUAAGGAAAGAUGGGAUUUGGGUUCCUGUUAAGCCACUACCAGAUGCCUUUAUUGUCAAUAUUGGAGACAUUUUAGAGAUUCAAACAAAUGGUGUUUAUCGCAGCAUUGAGCAUCGGGCAACAGUUAACUCUGUGAAAGAAAGGCUCUCGAUCGCUACAUUUUACAGCCCGGAAUUUGGUGGUGAAAUUGGUCCAGCUCCUAGCUUGGUCACUGAGCAAACACCUGCAGCAUAUACAAGGGUGGGAGUAGAAGAUUAUUUCAAAGCCUUUUUCAAACGUAAGCUUCAAGGAAAGUCUUAUCUUGAUGAGCUGAGGAUAAAGUACUAG